GCUGCCUAGAAUGCAAAGUCCGCGGUACAAUGGCAGCAGCCAGGCGCGGUCGGCUGCUGGGUAAGGCGGGCGCUCCCCUUUUCUUAAGGGGCUGCAGAUCCAGCCAUUCGGGAACGGGGGUCUCGCUGAAACGCGAAUACGAGGCGAUCGUGAUCGGAGCAGGACACAACGGAUUGGUGGCUGCUGCCUACCUGCAGAAGGGGGGUUUAAAAACAGCAGUGCUGGAGAGACGACACUUGGUGGGGGGCGCUGCAGUCACUGAGGAGAUUAUCCCAGGUUUUCGGUUCUCCAGAGCUUCCUACUUGCUGAGCCUGCUGAGGCCCCAGAUUUAUUCAGAGCUGGAGCUGAAGAAACAUGGCUUAAGAGUACUCCUGCGUGACCCUUAUUCCUUCACCCCACUGUUGGAGGAUGGUCAGGGCGGAAAAGCUCCCCACUCGCUGCUGCUGGGAAACAACAUGGCCGAAACACAGUCCCAGAUUGCUCAAUUCUCUGUGCGGGAUGCCCAGGCCUUUCCCAAGUAUGAAGCAUUCAUGAGCCGCUUGGUGUCCGCCAUAGACCCUUUGCUAGACACCUGUCCUGUGGACAUGGCUGUGCUCAGUCAGGGCUCUCUGCUUCAGCGGCUCAGGGCCCUGCGAGGCGUGCAGAUCCUGUUUCGUGCAGGAUUUGCUCUGGGUAAACAGCUUCCCCAGUAUUACCAGGUACUCACUGCCCCCAUUUCCAAGAUCUUGGAUCUCUGGUUUGAGUCAGAGCCCUUGAAAGCAACGCUGGCCACGGAUGCAGUGAUUGGUGCCAUGGCUGGUCCCCAUACACCAGGCAGCGGGUAUGUGUUGCUGCAUCAUGUCAUGGGUGAGCUCGAGGGGCGCCAGGGGGCCUGGGGCUAUGUGACCGGUGGCAUGGGGGAGCUAUCCCAGGCCUUGGCCCGUGCCGCUACCGCACUUGGGGCAGAGAUCUUCACUGAGAAGACAGUUGCCCAGAUUCUUUUAAGCUCCGAUGGGAAGGUGCGAGGGGUUGGCCUGCAGGAUGGAACUGAAGUGAAGAGCCGCCUGGUGCUAUCCAAUGCAUCUCCACAGCUCACCUUUCUGGAAUUGACCCCCAAGGAACAACUGCCGCUGGAGUUUGUGCAGAGACUUUCACAAUUCGACACACGCUCCCCGGUCACCAAGAUCAAUGUGGCUGUGGAUCGGCUGCCCAGUUUCCUUGCCGCCCCAAAUACCAGCGAUGGGUGUCCUUUGCCUCAUCAUCAGUGCUCCAUCCACCUGAACUGUGAGGACAUGGACACGCUGCACCAGGCCUUUGAGGAUGUCUCUCAAGGGAGACCCUCUAGCAGGCCGGUGAUUGAACUGUGCAUCCCAUCUGCCCUGGAUCCCACUCUGGCUCCCCCUGGCUGCCAUGUGGUCUCUCUCUUCACUCAGUACACCCCUUACACACUGGCCGGAGGGAGGCAGUGGAAUGAUCAAGAGCGUGAUGCCUACGCUGACCGAGUUUUUGAUUGCAUUGAGGCCUAUGCCCCUGGGUUCAAGGCCUCCGUCAUUGGCAGAGAUGUUCUAACACCACCAGACCUUGAACGGAUCUUCGGCUUGCCGGGCGGGAAUAUUUUUCACGGAGCGAUGUCCUUAGACCAGCUGUAUUUUGCCCGGCCUGUGCCCUCCUACUCUAGUUACCGGUCUCCAGUCCAAGGCCUGUACCUCUGUGGCAGCGGUGCUCAUCCUGGAGGAGGAGUGAUGGGAGCUGUGGGCCGCAAUGCUGCUAGGACAGCUCUGGAGGAUUUCAAGAAACUGUGACCCAGCUGGAGCACUUGGGCUGCCCUGGCUCAGAAAACCAUACCAGUUGGCAGAUAAGCAGCCGGAUGCAACUCUGCUGAGCAGUUUCUCCAGACCUGGUUCCCUUGUCAGGGUUGCCGUCCUCAAGUGUUACACUCCUGGCAUUCCACUGCAGCGGAGAAUGAGAUGGACAGUGCCCCCGCCGCCCCACGGGCACACUGGGAGCUGGCUUGUUGCUGGCUGAUAGGCUCCUCCCACUGUGCUGCUGUAGUUGUGCUUUCUUGAUGCGUUCGAGGGAUGCAGCCUGCUAUUCCCACAGAAGAAGAUACGCCAUGUGGAGUCUGCAAGAUGCUUUUCCAUGGGCAGGGUGGGCCAGGACUCCUUACAGUGCCAUCCUAAGCAGAGUCACUCCCUUCUGAGCCCCUUGACUUUGAUGGAUCUAAACAGGUGGCAGGGCUUCAGGCCUCACUGUGACACUCUCUGGGUCUCAGGGUUUUGCCAGGUGCUCCUUCGCAUGAGCGCUUCUUCCAAAAGGUCCAGUGUGCUCUGCAGUCUUAAGCCGAGUUACGCCAUUCUAUGCCCAUUGAUGUGGGCAUAGAACAUUCUGCAGCCGUGGGCUCCCAGCAUAUCAUAAUCCCCACUCCUCACCCCCAAUGGCUCAGAGGCCAGACAUCUCUUGGUCUCAGGAGCAGAGCCAACCUACCCUGUCAUCAUAACCAAGGGACAGGGAGAGUCUGCUCGUGUUCAUAUCAUCUGACCUUGUGGCUCCAGAGCCAAUGCUGGUCAUGCCUCACUGAGCCCCAUUCCCAAAGAGCCAUAUUUCUCACUGGCAAAGAGCAGCUGCUUGCAAACAUCUCUCUGUGUUCUGGCCACAAAUCCCAGCUGGGCAGUGGCCAGAAGUCCGCCACCCUCUCUGACAGGGACCGUGCGGGGAUUUGUGCACUAAGCAACCUGGUUCACAGAUCAGUUGAGCCAGUGCACUUGGCGUUAAUCCAGUUCAAUUCCGUUGAAAUCCUUGUGCAUAAAUCAUCUUAAAUCUAAAUACUCCAGUUUAAUUGGUGCAUGGACGUCCGCCAAAGUGUGUUGACACAAUAAGGGGGGGGGAAAUCAAUAUUAUGCCUUCCUCCCAAGCAAUGAUGGAUUGAUUUCAUGUGAAGGAAUGAUUGAAAAAUCAUUACAAGCUGUCCCUUUAGAAAAUGUGUGCUCAAAGAUCAGAGAGCCUUUUAAAAAAAAGAAAAAAACUGAUCUUUCUUUAUAAUAAUAUUGCUCACCUUUGUAGGGAUGCAUCAACCAAGGGCAAGCAAAAGAGACAAGGCUGCAGCCCUCAGGCAGAUAGUCAGCUGUCUCCAGGUGCUCCUUCCCAAAGUACUGCUGCCGAGCAGCCCCCGUUCAUUUCAGUGCAGCUUGCUUGGAUACCUGUCACAGAGUGGCACUGAAAUGAAUGGAAGUUGUGGAGCAGCUGCAGGUGGACUUUUCUGUGGAAGACAGCAGGAGUACAUCAUCUCAUACUGACAAACUUGUUUGUGUAUGCAAAAUCUAUACAAUUACUGAUGCAACGCUAAAUGUUUUACAUUAUGGAAUCAAAAUGUCUGUUGAGGAGAAACUGAAAAUGCAAUAUUUACAGUAAAUGUCCCAGCAGCAC